GUGACGGAUGCGGCAAGUCGCGUGGAUUCGCGACACGCGUGGCACAUUCCAUGCCUCUCGCCAUCAUCACCUCCCGGAGUCGGUAGUCCAUUGUUCCCCUCGAGUACUGCUCCACCCUUCCCUCUUUCUCUUUCGACUCGAACUCCGAAGGACUGACUAGUCAUGUCCGCCCUCUUCAACUUCCAAUCCCUCCUUCUGGUCAUCCUUCUUGUGAUCUGCACAUGUACAUAUGUGCGCGGGAUUAUGCCCAGAUUGAUAGACCGGAAUAAGGAGGGGUUCCUAGGGCUGUUCUGGAUGUCUGCAAGGAUAGGCGCGUUGGCCAACUGACAUACGCCUCGUGCAGCGGGAC